AUGAUGUUGCCACAUGUACCUGAUAACUGGGCAGCUAUGGCAUUUGCCAGUAAUCUAAAUGAAAGAAGUUCAGAAGCCACGAGGAGACUCAAGGAAAGUUUACGAGAGUUUCCAGCAACAACUUGGAAUGAUGUUUAUAACAGAUACAACACAAAGCUACGGAUAGAAGAAGAUACCAUCAUUCAAUCUCGAAGGGAUGAAAGGGUAAGUUCAAGGCGAGCUGAAACUGAAAAAAGGUCCGGUAAAAACAGGUGCGAACUUUACAUAAGACCAGCAGGAAGAGACUCGCGUUCAAAACAGGAAAACCCAAGGUAUGAUUCUAGAUCAAAAGACAGAGAGUCAGGAUCGUUAUCAAGGUUUGGCAAGGAACGAAACAUGCGGGAUACACGAGAUGAUGAUAGAAGCUCGAAAGCAAAGAUCGGAGGUUACAGUUUUAAUGUUAGCACAUCCGAGUUGGUAGCUAUUUUAAGGAGCAUGGGGGACAAGGUACGCUGGCCAAAAGAAAUGAGAUCAAACCCGAACAGGCGAAAUCCAAAUUUUUGGUGCGAGUUUCACAAUGAUCACGGUCAUAAAACGGCGGAUUGCAGGUUAUUACAAGGUGAAGUAGAACAUUUAUUAAAACAAGGGUAUUUAACUGAAUUGUUUAGUGAAAAAGGAAAGCAAGCAUAUAUGAAGAAUAGGCAGGAACCAUCAAAGCCUCCUUCACCAAAAAGGAUAGUUAAUGUCAUAAGUGGAGGAGAAGAGAUUAAUGGCGUAACAUUCUCGGCAGCAAAGGAAGUGUCAAAAAUUACAAUUACCCACAAGAAGCGAGUUCGACAGGUUUUGGAAGAAGAUAGUAUCAUAUUUGCUGAUGCAGAUGCAGAUGGCGUGCUAACCCCGCAUAAUGAUGCACUGGUAAUAUCUUUACAUGCACAUGACAUUAAUGUAAAACGAGUUUUGAUUGACCCAGGUAGUUCGGUGAAUAUCAUUCUGUUGAGAGUGGUGAAUGAGAUGCAAGCUGAUGAUAAGCUGAUACCCAAGGCUCAUACUUUGUCCAGUUUUGAAUACUCGAGCGUCGUGACAAAAGACGAGAUAAUACUCACCACAUUCGUAGAAGAAGUAGUCAAAGACACCAAAUUUCAA